AUGGUCAACUCGUCACCAGAAUAUUCCAUAACAAAGCCCGGCCUGCACCACCUGCGCAAGCGCGAGAAGCCGCUGCGCACCUACGGCAGACAAUCCUCCGCCUCCGAAACUCAAAGCGAACCACCGCUCAGAAGACAACGACUAUCCGCUCUCAAGCAGCAGCAGCAGCAGGAGGAGGAGGAGGAGGAGGAAUUCAGCUCAACUCCCGACAGAUCAAAUGAUGACGCCCCUGAACCAAAGACCACGCCGAUAGCACCCUCAUCCGAGACAACAACAGCCCACGAUACCCCGAGUCAAACCAAGCCAGACACCAAGCGCGCACCCUCGUCAGCCAAGGGAUCCAUCCUGAGCUACUUCAAGCCAGCUUCCGCUCCGCCAAAGCCCAAAGACGACAAGACAUCAUCAUCAUCAUCAUCAUCAUCCCCGCCACAGGAGUCGCAAUCCCCGCCAGACGACGAACCAUUAACAGCCCCAGCAUCACCGCCGACGAAGCGCAAACCCUCCUCGAGAAGGAAACCCCGACUCCUCAGAAUCAAACCCAUCACGCACUCAACACUAGACGAACCUUUCCCCCCAGAACAACACGACUCAACCACCCGCCAACCUCUCCAAAGCACAACCUCAAACGCCCUCGCAGAAGCAGCAGAACUGGAACCCGAAGAAGCACCCUCCAGCUCAACAACUUCCACAUCCUCCUGCCCAUCAAUCUCCCCCAGAAAAAGCUCCCUCCGAAACCACCACCAUCAUCAUAAAAAAAGACUCGCCUCCGCCAAGGCAUCGUCAUCAUCAUCCCCCUCCGUCCAGACGACGCUCAACAUCUCCGCCCGCGCAGCCUUUUCCGAGUGCAAAAUCUGCGACACGGUCUGGAACCCGCUCUACCCCGACGACGUCAAGUUCCACAACAAGACGCACAAGGCCGUGCUGAGGGCGCAGAAGAAGAAGCGCGAGAUGGACGAGUUAUGA